AUGGCUGACCACGGUGACGAUUUAAUUGACUAUGAAGAAGAAGAUGAGACCAUGCAAACCGAUGCUCCCGCUGCGGAACAACCUACUGGUAACGGUCAAGACUUAUCCGAAGAAAGUACGAAAGAUAAGAAGGGAAGCUAUGUCGGCAUUCACUCCACUGGCUUCAGAGAUUUCUUGUUGAAGCCUGAAUUGCUUCGAGCUAUUGUAGAUUGUGGUUUUGAACAUCCUUCAGAAGAGUGUAUUCCCCAGUCGAUUCUUGGUAUGGAUGUUCUUUGUCAGGCCAAAUCUGGUAUGGGUAAGACUGCAGUCUUUGUUUUGGCUACACUUCAACAAGUAGAACCUGCACCAGGCGAAGUUUCAGUAAUCGUUCUCUGCCAUACUCGCGAAUUGGCCUUUCAAAUCCGAAGCGAAUAUACUCGAUUCAGCAAGUACAUGCCAGAAAUAAAGACUGACGUUUUCUACGGUGGUAUUCCCAUUAGAGAUGAUUAUAAGAAAUUUGCAAGCAAAGAAACCACGCCCCAUAUUGUUGUUGGGACACCCGGAAGGGUGCUAGCAUUAGUAAACGAUGGUCAACUGAAAGUUGGUAGUGUUAAGCAUUUUGUACUCGAUGAAUGUGACAAAAUGUUGGAUCAAUUAGACAUGAGACGAGAUGUCCAAGCGAUUUUCCGCAAGACACCUCAUAAUAAACAAGUCAUGAUGUUUAGUGCUACACUUAGCAAAGAGAUUCGGCCUGUUUGUAAAAAAUUCAUGCAAAAUCCACUAGAAAUUUAUGUUGAUGAUGAAACUAAACUCACUCUUCAUGGUCUUCAACAACAUUUCAUCAAAUUACCUGAAACUGCUAAGAACCGCAAAUUGAAUGAUUUACUUGAUACGCUUGAAUUUAACCAAGUAUGCAUCUUUGUUAAAUCGGUUCAACGUGCAAAUGAGUUAAAUAAACUUCUUUGUGACUGUAACUUUCCAAGUAUUUGUAUUCACGGUGCAAUGAAGCAAGAAGAAAGAAUUGCCAAAUAUAAAUCAUUUAAAGACUUCCAGAAACGAAUAAUGGUCGCAACUGAUGUUUUUGGACGUGGAAUUGACAUUGAACGUGUGAAUAUUGUUAUUAAUUACGAUAUGCCUGAUGGCCCGGACACAUACUUACACAGGGUUGGGCGUGCUGGACGUUUUGGUACCAAAGGUCUUGCUAUUACUUUCGUAGCAAAUCAAGAAGACGCCGACACAUUAAACAAAGUACAAGAAAGAUUCGAAGUCAAUAUUACAGAACUACCGACUGAAAUAGAGAUCAAUGAUUAUAUGGCAUCAUGA